GUUCGUAUAAUAAGGAGCCGGUCGGACGCGCUCGUCAUGAUGAGGAAACAUCUUCAGGAGGUUUCUGCUUCGACUUUGAAUUCAUCAAAGCUCAAUUUGUGGUCAUGGGAUUCAAAGAAAAGUUCAGAUCUGCUUUGCGGAAUGGGAGUGACCCCAAUGGACAAAGACCCCCAGGACACGGAAAACACUCCUCAGAACCAAAUGAUGCAGAUGACCCCUCCACAAAAGAGGCAGAAACAGAAGGGGAAAGAUGAUGGAUUUUUCAUUGCCCGACGUCCCAGGUCAUCCAGGAUAUCUCAGCCAGGGAUAUCCUGGGACUCGCUCCCUGAUGAGCUACUUUUGGGCAUCUUCUCUUAUUUACAUUUAACUGACCUCCUGAGAGCAUCCGGAGUGUGCAAACGAUGGAACAGGCUUUCGUGCGAUGAAUCAUUAUGGCAUAGUGUGGAUCUCACCGGAAAACAUCUGCAAAGCGGAGUUUUGGGAAAGUUGCUACCACUAGGUCUAAUUGCCCUUCGCUGUCCGAGGUCUUGCAUUGGAGAACCAUUAUUUAAACAAGUCAGACCUCUGCGCCUUCAGCAUGCAGACUUCUCUAAUUGUACAGUAAGCACAGACAUCCUGCAGACCAUCAUCUCCCGCUGCCACAACCUGUGCAACCUGAGCCUGGAAGGGAUGGAACUUUCUGAUACCAUCAUGUGUGCCAUUGCUCAGAAUUCAGAUCUGGAACGAUUAAACCUUGGUGGCUGCUCAGGAUUUUCUCCAGAAUCUCUCAGGCAAAUGUUAAAAAGCUGCACUAGCCUCGACGAAUUGAACUUGUCUUGGUGUGAUUUCACAGCGGACCAUGUGAAGAAUGCAGUGGAGAACUUCCCUAGAAGUUUAACAGAGUUGAAUUUCAGUGGAUACCGACAGAACCUAGAGAUAGUUGAUGUAGAGAUUUUAGUUCAGAGAAGUCCCGAUCUAAUCAACCUAGAUUUAAGUGACAGUGUGAUGCUCACCGCCGACUGCUUCCCAGCAUUUCAUCAGCUCCAGCUCCAACACCUCGGUCUCAGUCGCUGCUAUCAGAUCACCCCUGCUUCUUUGCUUGAUCUAGGAAAACUCCAGCAUCUGAAGACAGUCAGUGUGUUUGGCAUAGUGACGGACAAUUCUUUACAGGUGUUAAAAGAGUCGCUCCCACAUAUAAAGAUAAACGGCUCUUACUUCAGCACCAUCGCCAGGCCGACCACAGGCGGCAAGAAGAAUCGCAGCAUAUGGGGCAUAAAGUGCAAGUUGUCACUGAAUCGCACAGACUCGUAACGAGAGCGGCCACCGCACUAGAAAUCCGCUAACUUGAAUUUUGCAAUGACCAUAAGGGACCGAAUUAAUUACCUGUGAUGCAGCAUCCAAGCAUUGAUGGUAAUGUUUAUGCUGCAGGUUCUGUGCCCCUCGUGUGGACAUUUUCCUCUAUACUGCUAGAUAUACCUGUAUACUUAGGUGAUCACUGACCAGCAUAGCUACUAUGUUAUCUUAAAGGGACACUUCCAUCAGAAAGGAGUAUUUUUUUAAAUGUAAUAUUCAGAGAAAACUAUUCUUUUUCUCAUUUUGAAUUUUCUGCUUUUUUUCUUUUUAUUGCCAUUGAAAAUCAAUUACAAAAUCUUGUCCUUGUGCUGGAGUCAAGACCACCUAGAUAGGUAAUCCAUUGUCAGUUUACUGCUGCUGUAAAGGAAAUAUGUUAUCUACUAGUAUAGUAGUAGGUAUAGAAUUUAGGAUAACAGUGCAAUUAAUUCUGUUGUUUUCUUGAUAGACCUUGUUAAAGAUGGCCACGAAAGAGCAUUGCAUUGAUUAGUGUAAUGUAUGAUGCUGUAAUGGAGUCACUACAGGCGGAGGGGGUAUCUCUUUGGUCUGACCAAUAGGUAGUUAACGAGCCAGGACAGGAAAUAGAAUUAUGUCCAGAAAACCAUCCACCCAUUUUUUUAACGUGGAAUUUUCACAUAUAGGUUAUUAAUAUGUAAUAAUAAUCUUUUUUGAUGGAAGUGUCCCUUUAAAGGGGACCUAUCAUUUUUUAAAGUAAGUGA